AUGGAAACACUACAGUCAAAAAAUGAAAUCCUGUGGUCCAUCAAGUCAGUAGACGGUCUAGAGUCUCGUUUUAAGAACAAGUCAAGCUACAUGCGAUACAGUUGUGAAAGCAGAAUACGAAGCUACAUGAGAGAGGUUAGUGGUUUUACUUCAAAUGUUCAUCCCACAGCAAGAGAUGCAUAUAAAAGGAUAAUUGACCUGAUGUCAGAUAAACUGAAAUCCGUGAAAUACAACGGGUGCUACUUUGACAGAAGAGCGGAGGAGGCAGCCCGCCUGUGCACGACGGAGGGAUGGUUCUCUUGUCAGGGACCUUUCGACAGAGACGACUGCCCAUGUAAGCAUUCUAUCAACCCCUACGGUAACAGGGAAAGCAGAAUCCUCUUCAGUACCUGGAAUCUCGAUCACAUAAUAGAGAAGAAACGUGCUGUCGUCCCAGAACUGGCAGAAGCUGUCAAAACACGAGAUGGAAGAGAAGUGAACUGGGAAUACUUCUAUCAGCUGCUGUUUACCGUGGAAAAUUUAAAACUUGUACAUAUUGCCUGCCAUAAGAAAACCAACCACAAUCUCAGCUGUGACAAAACUAAAAUUUACAGAGAAAGGAAGCAAACCCACAAGAUUUCAUAG